GCAAGGUAAGAAGACUGUGGUGUCCAAAGCAGAGCGCGAGCAGCUGGCCGAGGUCCAUACCGUGCAGGUUGUCGAGGAAGACGGGGAGUUGCUUACUUGGAAUGAGACAGAGGUUCUUGCUGCGCACGAUUCUCCAGCCCGGAAGCCUUCCAGCAGCCUUCGCAUCUUGGCUCAGCUCGGGAUGCUGGCUGCCCUGCUUCGGGGAGCUCUGGGAGCAAUGGCGCUGCUUCCCGGUCAAGGCAUUAGCAAGCUCCGAAUCCGCGCCGCACAGCUGCCGUUGUGA